AUGUCUUCUAAUAUUCAAAGAAUUGACAUAGUCAAAAACCCUGCUCUACCCGCUCAAACUACUCCUGAGCAAAGAUAUUGGAGAAGUUAUGGUAAUACUCAAAUUAUAAAAGAACACAAUGCUAUCAAUCACAUAUGUUUUAAUCCAGUAUCUCCUCAUGAUUUCGCUGUUACUUCAUCUACAAGAAUUCAAGUUUUUUCUUCAAAAACUAGACAAGUCACUAAAAAUUUCUCAAGAUUUAAAGAUACUGUCUAUAGUGGUGAAAUUAGAAGUGAUGGUAAAUUGCUCGUCGCAGGUGAUGCUUCAGGCUUGGUCCAAAUAUAUGAUGCUUUUAAUCCAAGAUCUUUGUUAGUCACUAUAAACCCUUCAACCUAUCCAACUCAUGUAACGAAAUUUCAUCCAACUAUUUUAAGUAAUGUUCUUACUGCUUCUGAUGAUAAAAUUGUUAGAAUUUAUGAUACCACUAAUAACUCAAAGCCUAUUCAUAUUUUAACAAACCAUAAUGAUUAUGUUAGAUCUGCUGAUUUUAUACCUUCAUCCUCUAAUUUAGUAGUAACAGGUUGUUAUGAUGGAAAUGUUAGAAUUUUUGAUACUAGACUUGAUGGCUCAAAACCUGUUCAAAUUUUUAACCAAGACGCUCCUGUUGAAGACAUAUUAUCUUUAAAUCCAACUACUUUAGUAUCUGCUGGUGGCCCUGUUAUAAAAGUAUGGGAUAUAGCUGCCGGUAAAUUAAUUCGAAAUAUUUCAAAUUUCCAAAAAACUGUUACGUGUCUUGCCGAUGCAGGUGAAAAGGGUUUAUUAGCUGGUUCUCUUGAUGGUCAUGUUAAAAUAUUCGAUACAAGUUCUUCUUUAUGGGAAGUCAAGUUUGGUUGGAAAUUUGGUACUGGUGUAUUAAGUUGCGGAGUAUCUCCUGAUUAUAAACAUUUUGUUACUGGUUUAACUUCAGGUCUUUUAUCAAUAAGAACAAAAAAAACUGGAAAGAAAUCUCUGAAUAGGAAAAAAAAUGAUUUAGAUUUUCCGAUUGGUGCUACUAAAAGCAAAAAAAGUAAUGCUUUUGCGAAAAUGAUAAGAGGUGCUGAAUAUGAUGGUGGAUACGAACAUCGAGUAUUUUCUGAUAAAAAUAAAGCUCCAAAAUUAAAACAAUAUGAAAAGCUCAUCAAUGCCUUUAAAUGGCCGGAAGCUUUGGAUUCAGCUUUUGUUUCAGGAAUGAGUAAAGAGCUUACAAUAACUAUAUUAGAAGAAAUACGUAGAAGAGGGAAAAUUGCAGUUGCUUUAGCAAAAAGAGAUAGUGCAUCUCUUGAACCUUUGCUAACUUGGUGUUAUAAAAAUAUUGACGAUGACAGAAAUGUCAGUAUAUUGGGUGAUUAUGUUGGUAUUAUAAUAGACCUUUAUGGUACAACUAUUGAAAAGAGUCCCUUAUUGGAAGAAUUGCUUAUGUCAAUAAGAAAUAAAGUAACUCAAGAAGUGGAAAAGGCCAAAGACGCUCAAAGAAUACAAGGAAUGUUGGAACUAUUAAGUAUAUAG